AAGAGAUAAAUAUGCAUUUUUUUUCUGCAAUGGCUCUAUGACAAAUAAUUGAGAAUCAGCUGUUGAAUGUGAAUAUUUAUGUUUUAAAUUUUCAAAUUUUUGUUUAUAAUUAUUAAUGAAAAUGUCUACACUAGUAGAUGAAAUUAGUGAAACCAGGUUCAAUUUGUCUUCCUGUAUAACAAAAAUCUGUAGGUCUUGUUUAUGUGAAGUCCAAGAUUAUUUUUCCCUUGAAAAUUUUUAUCUUGGAAAAAAGAUUUUAGAUAUUUAUAAAAAUAUAGUUUCUCUUGAGCUCCAAUCCAGUGAUAAGUUUCCUGAAAAACUGUGCGCAAAAUGCUUCAAUAGUCUCAUUGAAUUUGAUUCGUUCAAAGAGAAUGCUUUGAAAUCGGAAAAAAUCUUGGCAGACAAUUUAAUGAAACAUUCUACAAAAUCUAAUCAAGAUGUAGAUAAUGAAUUUUGUAAUAUAGAAUGUGAUAACAUCGAGUCUGAGUGGUUAAAUGACCAAGAAUGUUCUCAAUUUGAAGGAGACAAUGAAGAAACAGAAAAAAAUCAUCUCAAACCUUCACAACUAGAAAAUAAUGCUACAAAAGACAAUAAUAACUCAGGUAAAACCACUACAAAUAAACGCAAAAGAAAAAAAGAACCCUGCAAAUUAUGCCAAAAACUAAUUUACUCAUACAAAAUGGAUUGUCAUCUGAGGAGCCACACCAAAGAAAAACCCUUUGGUUGUCACGAAUGCAAUGCCACUUUUACAUUGAAAAGCAACCUUCAAAGACACUUGAAAAUUCACGGCAACGAUCGACCAUUUAAAUGCGGAUAUUGCCAUAAAGGCUUUUUGAGACCCUCAAGUAGACUAAUGCAUGAAACAACUGCUCAUAAUUCUGUGAGAAAUGUUUUAUGUUCCUUGUGUGGAAAAGGGUUCAAACAUAAAUAUUUUUUAAAUAAACAUAUGGCUAAUAUUCAUAAUAAACAAGAAAUAGAACAACAUACUAUAAAGGAUGAAGAAUCAAACUUUCAAUGUCCAACAUGUGGCAAUUUUUAUAAAACAAAGUCAAGUUUGAAUGUGCAUAAAAUGAUACAUGAAAACCCUAAAGCCUUCCUUUGUAAUAUUUGCGGCAAAGGAUUUUCAACUAAAGCUGUUUUAGAAAACCACGAAAAAAUUCACACAGGCGAAAAAAACUUCAGCUGUAAUAUUUGUCAGAAGAAAUUCAGAUUUAUUGGUACACUGAAAACGCAUGUUUUGACUCAUAGUGGAGAGAGGCCUUUAAGUUGCCACAUUUGCUUCCAAAAAUUCAGACAACAUUCCCACUUAAAUACCCACAUUAGGGGGCAACAUUCUGAAGAUCGUCCUUAUCAGUGCAGUUAUUGUCCGAAAACUUUCAAAAACAGUUCAAAUAUGAGAGUGCACGUUAGGACGCAUACAGGAGAAACGACGCACCAUUGCGAUAUUUGUCAGAAAGGAUUUUACGAUUCCAGCAGGUUGAAAAAACACAAAAAGAGUCAUUUUAAUUGGCAUAGGGAUGUUAAAAACGAGGAACAUAUUUUGCAAGUGUAAAACAAUAAAAGAUUAUG